GGGAGCAGUCAAGAGAAAGUUCCCGAGAGCUCUUCAAAAUAGAAAGUUAGUGGAGCUGGCGGCAGAGGUGUGCCUGGUCGCUGUCACCCGGCUGGCCCCAGGAUUGUGGAGCACCUGCUUCAGAGAGGACGCUGGCGACAGCCUGUGAAGCCUGCCCUCCAUCCCUUACCUGCUUGCCUUCUCCGGAGACCCAUCCUCUCGCCCCGCUGCGAGGAGAAGCUGACCUCACUCGGGCACCAGGUACACUUCCAGGAGAUCAUGGCCCACAUGGGGGACUGCAAGUGGACGUCCUGGCUCCCGGUGCUGGUGGUGUCCCUGAUGUGCUCAGCCAAGGCAGAGGACUCCAACUGUGGGGAGAAUGAAUAUCACAACCAGACUACCGGGCUGUGUCACCAAUGUCCUCCCUGCAGACCGGGAGAGGAGCCCUACAUGUCCUGCGGAUACGGCACCAAAGACGAUGACUACGGCUGUGUGCCUUGCCCUGCAGAGAAGUUUUCCAAAGGAGGUUACCAGAUAUGCCGGCGCCACAAGGACUGUGAGGGCUUCUUCCGGGCCACUGUGUUGACUCCGGGGGACAUGGAAAACGAUGCUGAGUGUGGCCCGUGUCUCCCUGGCUACUACAUGCUGGAAAACAGACCGAGGAACAUCUAUGGCAUGGUGUGCUACUCCUGCCUCUUGGCCCCUCCCAACACCAAGGAAUGUGUGGGAGCCACCUCUGGGGUUUCUGCUCACUCCUCCAGCACGUCUGGGGGCAGCACCUUGUCCCCCUUCCAGCAUGCUCACAAAGAGCUCUCGGGCCAGGGCCACCUGGCCACCGCCCUGAUUAUCGCCAUGUCGACCAUCUUCAUCAUGGCCAUCGCCAUCGUACUCAUCAUCAUGUUCUACAUCAUGAAGACGAAGCCUUCCGCUCCAGCCUGCUGUAGCAGCCCCCCGGGGAAAAGCCCGGAAGCCCCAGCUAGCACACACGAGGAGAAAAAGGAGGCGCCAGACAGUGUGGUGACCUUCCCUGAGAAUGGCGAAUUCCAGAAGUUGACAGCUACACCCACCAAGACCCCCAAGAGUGAGAACGAUGCCUCCUCUGAGAAUGAGCAGUUGCUGAGUCGCAGUGUGGACAGCGAUGAGGAGCCUGCCCCGGACAAGCAGGGGUCCCCAGAGCUAUGCCUGCUGUCACUAGUUCACCUGGCCAGGGAGAAGGCUGCAGCCAGUAACAAGUCUGCUGGGAUUCAAAGCCGAAGGAAGAAGAUAUUGGAUGUAUAUGCCAACGUAUGUGGUGUUGUUGAAGGUCUCAGCCCCACAGAGUUGCCCUUUGAUUGCCUCGAGAAGACCAGCCGAAUGCUCAGCUCCACGUACAACUCUGAGAAAGCGGUGGUGAAGACGUGGCGCCACCUUGCCGAGAGCUUUGGACUGAAGCGGGAUGAGAUCGGGGGCAUGACUGACGGCAUGCAGCUCUUUGACCGCAUCAGCACCGCGGGCUACAGCAUCCCCGAGCUGCUCACAAAGCUGGUGCAGAUCGAGCGGUUGGAUGCGGUGGAGUCCUUGUGUGCAGACAUACUGGAGUGGGCUGGGGUCGUGCCACCUGCCUCCCCGCCCCCAGCUGCUUCCUGAGGAGUGUGCCUUGAACUGUCCUCCCUGGGACCCGCUGGGGAUCCAAUGAGGCCACUGCAAGCUGUGAGUGAUGCCAUCGGACUGCCAAAACUCAAGGCUUUUCCUGGCGGGUCACUGUAUUCCUUAGGUGGACCUAAGGAGCCUGCUGAUCACUCAGAUGGACAUGUGGGGAUGAUGCUGGUGAAGAACCCCAUCCUGUCUGUCAGGGGACGCUUGGUGGGAUACAGAGGGCAUGCUACAAUCACAUCACCAGAACAUCAAGCAGGCUAAAUGAAGAGAUGCUAAGAAAAUGUAGCAAUAAUUCCGAGAAGGGUGACAGCGUCUGGUGAAGUUGAGAAAUGGGAGCAUCUUUAAGAGAAUAGCUUGAAGGUUUCAGUACAGACAAACGUACAAAUUCAGACGUCCCACUUCCUCCAUUGCUGCAGACAGAGCAGUCUGUUGGGGUGCUCUAUGGCUUCAGGGGUGGCUUGACCUGUGUUUGCAGUUGCCCACAACAAUACAAGCCUUGCAGUCACUCGUGGAAGAACUUGGGGGUUUGUCACUGCUGCACAAGGCGUGUCUGCCCGCCCAACGGAAGUGUGGGCAGAUUUGGCCUCCAGCAUCACUCACAGACAGAGCUGGUACAGUGUGUCAGAUUGUUGUCCUUCACACGGGUGUGUUCUCUCUAGAAAAGGAGAUGAGGACUUCCUAGGAGUUUGUCCAUGCCCGAUUCUAGACCGCCAGCGGGAGUCGCCGGAAUUCAUGAAUGAGGCUUGUGCCAGUCCAGACGACUGAGCCAGCGAGGGAUGCUGGAGCCUGAGGUGCAGUACAGAGCUGGGGCCUGCAGGCCUGGCCCUGGGGGUGUCAUCCCAGGGGGCUGUCAUCUCCUCCCCCAGACCGAGCUUCUCUUCUGCAAAUGAGAGCUUGGUUUUCAUGUCUGUGGUCAGGAGAGUUAAGGCUCAGGUGAGCAAAAGAAAAUGGAGGCAGGACAGGAGAGGCCAAGGGGGCCGAUGUGGGGUAGAUACAGUGUGGGCAGCCACACAAAGAGAGUACAAGGGGAACUUCUAUCAGGGAUUCUCGUGUAAGAGCAAUUGUAGGACAGAGCAUUUACAGCGAGGAAGCUUCUAAAGGGGCAUUGUUCUUGGCCGAUUCUCUUAUUUCACCUGUAACUGCCAAGAAAAGGGGAGCUUUCCCGCC